AUGUCUCAAUCAAUUGACUCCAAGGCGUCCGGCGACCUGGGCGUGGUCGAGAAAACCCACGUCUAUGAUGGCCAAGGCACCGAGGAAGACCCCUUUGUGGUGGAAUUCCAAAAGGACGACCUCGGUAACCCGAUGAAUUGGUCUCCGGUACGGAAGUGGCUUAUCACGGCCAUUGUGACAUUCUCUGUGUUUGCGGUGACCUUCACGUCGUCGGCGUACUCGGUGUCCGCCAACGAACUCAUCCCGGACUUUGACAUCAGCACCGAGGUGUUUAUCGUGGGGCUUUCUGUCUUUGUGCUGGGAUUUGCAAUUGGGCCGGCUGUUUGGGGACCUCUGGUAAGUGCUUCUGUAUAUCCUUCUCAAUCUUGGGAGACCCAGCUGACAGUAUCCGAACUGUAUGGACGACAAAUUUUCUGGCUCACCUCCCACAUUGCAAUGGUGGCCUUCAUUGGGGGCUCUGCCGGAAGCCGCAAUGUCGCUACACUCCACGUACUGCGCUUCUUCGGUGGUACCUUUGGGGGCUCACCGCUGGUCAACUCGGGCGGUGCAAUCGCUGAUCUUUUUCCUCCGGCCCAGAGAGGCCUCGCAAUGACGCUCUACUGCGUCGCACCCUUCCUAGGUCCCAUUCUGGGUCCCGUCGUGGGCGGCUUUGUCUCCGAGAAUAUCGGAUGGCGAUGGGUGCAGGGAGUCUGCUGUAUCUUCAUUGGUCUGCUUGGCAUUUUCGGCGUCAUCUUUGUCCCUGAGACGUAUGGACCCGUGCUGCUGAGCCGACGGGCCGCUCAGCUCUCCAAAGCUGACGGCAAGGUCUACAUCAGCAUCUUGGAGAAGAGCCAAGGCAAGAAGAAGCCGUCCGAGGUGUUCCAGCGCGCGCUCAUCCGGCCCUGGGUGCUGCUCUUCCGCGAGCCCAUCGUGCUAGUCGCCUCGCUCUACAUGGCCAUUAUCUACGGCACGGUGUACAUGUUCAUGGGCGCCAUGCCCAUCGUCUACAACGAGGAGCGUGGCUGGAGCGAAGGCAUCGGCGGACUCGCCUUCAUGGGUAUCGCCGUCGGUAUCAUCGUGGGGCUCAUCUACGCCAUCUGGGACAACAACAGCCGCUACAUGCGGCUGUUGAAGGCCAAGUCCGCCACGGCCGAGUCGCGCCUCCCGCCCGCUAUCGUCGGCGCCGUCGCACUCCCCAUCGGCAUGUUCGCCUUCGCCUGGACCACAUACCGCAGCAUCCACUGGUCCGUCGGCAUCAUCCUUUCCGCGCCCUUUGGCUUCGGCUGCGUGCUCGUCAUCCUUCCCAUCGUCAACUACCUGAUCGACGCGUAUACCAUCUACGCGGCCUCCGUGCUGGCCGCCGCCGCCAUCUUCCGCUCCGUCGUCGGCGCUGUCUUCCCCCUGUUCACACCGCAGAUGUACGAAACCCUCGGCAUCCACUGGGCGUCGUCCAUCCCGGCGUUCCUGACGCUGGUCUGCAUGCCGUUUCCCUUUAUCAUGUACCGCUAUGGAGGUCCGCUGCUGAUGAAGUGCAAGUAUGCCUUUGAGGCGGCGGAGAUGAUGAGACGCAUGCAGCAGCAACAGGCGCCUGCGCCGGUGAAGGAGGAUAAGUCUCCUGAGUAG